CCGCUGGGCUAAGAGCCGCGCUGAGCGCUGCGGCAGUGCGGAGCGGUCUCCAGGUGCUGGCGGGGCGUGUGCUCGCCGCGUAGGAUUUCCUCCGGGUACUUCUGAAGAACGGUUACAAGCAGAUCCAUAGCAAUGCAAGCAAAUAACCCAGCACCACCACCUGGAUUCUCCAAUACUGGCUAUGCACCAGGAAACCAGGCCCCAUAUGGCCACCCGCAGUAUGCAGCUGGGAACUUCUACGGCACUCCUGCACCAGGGCCCUAUGCUUACCAGGCACAUCCCAUGGGAAACCCACCCGGAGCUGCUGUUCCACCCAUCCAGAACCAGCCCCCCGGGACCAUCUGGAUGCCCAUCCCUCCUCCUAUUCCCAACUGCCCUCCUGGACUAGAAUAUCUCACACAGAUUGACCAGAUACUAAUUCAUCAGCAAAUUGAACUUCUUGAGAUUUUUAUUGGAUUGGAAUCAAACAACAAAUAUGAAAUCAAGAAUUCAUUGGGACAAAGGGUGUACUUUGCAGCAGAGGACACUGAUUGCUGCACAAGGAACUGCUGUGGGCCAGCACGACCUUUCACUAUGAAGAUUAUGGACAAUCUGGGUCAUGAGGUGAUAAGGCUGGAGAGACCCCUCAGGUGUUCGUCAUGUUUUUUCCCCUGCUGCUUACAGGAGAUAGAAAUUCAGGCACCUCCAGGAACACCGGUAGGUUAUGUUGUCCAGAAUUGGCAUCCCUGCUUGCCCAAGUUUACUGUUCAGGAUGAGAAAAGAAUGGAUGUACUGAAAAUUAGUGGCCCUUGUGUCGUCUGCAGCUGUUGUGAGGAUGUUAAUUUUGAGGUGAAGACUUUGGAUGAGGCUUCUAAUAUUGGGAGGAUUUCUAAGCAGUGGUCUGGGUUUUUGAAAGAAGCAUUUACAGAUACUGAUAACUUUGGAAUCUCAUUUCCAAUGGACCUUGAUGUAAAAAUGAAAGCUGUCAUGCUCGGCGCUUGCUUCCUUAUCGAUUUCAUGUUUUUUGAGAGUAUUGGUGACAGCCAACAGCGAGCGGGAGUGUGGCAGUGAAAUCUAGAACUUUGUAUUUAGAAGGAAGAAAAUAAACCACCCACUUCCCAGUGGAUUACAGAGCUCCAGUGAGAAUGUGAGAAGUGGAAGAAGUGGACCUCUUACUCUUGUAAUUAUAUUUCUAUAAACUAAAGGCUUUAUUGUCUAGCUUCUGGUUUUGUAAUCUAAUGACACUGUUGUAUUCAAAUAAGCACCUUUUGUCUGUACAGAACAAUAAUGUAUAGAAAUAUAUAGCAGCCUUUUUUCCAAUAAAUUUGGAAUUGUUGUAUUAAAAACUUAAUUCUUAAAAAAAGAGAUCUAUUUCUUUGUUCAAUAAUAAUAUAAGCAGUCAGCCUAAUAAAGAAGUUCUGAUCGUU